UCAUUCGCACACACUACAGGCACCUCGUACAGCCCUUCUUUCAACACACGUGUAGCCUGCCAGCGCGCGCUUGCACACGAUCCAUCCAACACAUAUAAGACACAUAACUAUAUACGCGCCUCGUCACGCCAUCAUGAUGUGUCUCGCUCUCACCUUCAUGGUCUAAUGCGCCUGACCAUCGAGCACGAUGGCCGCGAUAGGACCGAGGACGCGACGGGCUUUGGCGGCCGUCAGGGGGAACCACUGGGCGAAGGGGGCAUCCUGAGGGACACCCGCUGCUGGCGCCUCGCUGGUGCGAAUGAUGACGUGCACUGCACGCAGACAACAGCAGAAGAGCGGAUCAGACAAGACGACGGCAUGAUGAUGUGCUGUGAAUGUGUAUGAGUACCGUCCUGGUUGUUGCCUGGGUAAAUGCCAAAGAGAAUCCAUGCGAUGAACGGGUCGUUGGAUGAAGUCAGCACAUGCUCCUGCCCACACCACCCACUGGCCGCCUCGGCUGCCGUCACGUCUGAGCAUCCGGCGAGGGGCGUGUGCGGCGAUUGGGUCAUGAUGCGAUCGAGGUGGCCACCCCGCACACGCCUGACAGACACAUCAAUAGCGCACCACAUAGCGAUUUGCCCUCUCAUUGCAUGCCGUCCAUCCACUCACCGGUCAACCACCACUACUGGCGAGUGGGAGAAGCCGCCCACAGCCAACAUCCGAUGAGCCAGCAU